UAACCUCAGUCGCGUCGUCAGUUGAUCUUCGGCUUCCACUUUGCGAAGUUUGGCACGGUGAAGGCUUAGUAGAUUUCGGUUCACAAAUUGUCUUCGAACACACGUAAAACACUGUAACAACCAUUCGAAAAUACAAUUGCACUCUUCUGAUUCAUAUACUUGUUUAUAAAGCUUAUUUGUACAAAUAACAAGAAGUGCACAGGGAAACCGCGAGAUGCGUAAAAUCGUUUUGGUGUUUGCGGUGGCCGCGGCGAUGGUAGCUGCUUUCGGGGUCGUACCGGCGGCUGCUAAGAAGCAAAAGGAAGACCGCGGCAGCGUAAAGUCGACGGCUGAUGAAAACGGCAACGACGUCGACGGUCGCGGGGCGGAAACGGCCAACGACUACGACAGCCAACGGUUUCCGGUUAUGUACUCGGCGGACGAGUCGACGGCGAGCACGCCGGAACCGGCAGCGGCUCCGGCCAAGACGUCGUCGACCAAGCAGUCUUCGAGCAAACAGCACAACGCCAAACUUUUGAACAAGCUGGGCAUGAAGAGGGUGCGGACCAGUGGCGGUACGGCCGACAGUGGCGUUGCCAACCAUCACCGGAAACGAUUGGCCAGCCAAUCGAGGAGCAAGUACGCUGCGGACGGCAAAGGCGGUUCGGACUCGCAAAUGUUCAUCGUCAAGUUGCCGCCGCACUCGCACUUUUACGACGACGGUUCGGCCGUCCGCCAGAGGCUGGGACAGCCGCUACAGCAGACGCCCUACAAGAACAUGAACACGGUGCCCGUGGGGUUCGUGUCCAACGGCAAACCGGCAAAGGUGUACCACUGGAACCUGCCGACCAUCAAGCACGCGCUGAGCGGCGGCCGUUACAAGGGCGUCAACGACUUGGUCGCGAUGCAACACCAACAGCAACAGAUGCAACAGCAGUUGCACCACCUGCAGUACGCCCAAGCCGGCGACUUUGACCAUCCGUCGGCGGCCGGUUCCAAGAUCUUGCCGCGCCGCACGCUCUACUACAAGCCACGGGCGGCCGGCAAACCGGUGAAAAAAUCGUUCGUCAACAACGGCAAGCCCAACGGAUUCUACGUGGUCAGCAGCAAAAACUCGGCCGCGGUAGUACCGCAGUACCACAAGAUCAUCAAGGCGUACUACGGUAGCGGCGACGAUUAAUACCUGCGGCGUCAACUGUCGUCGACCACCCGUCGCUCCUAAGAGUUGGAGUGCGCACGCGGCCGUAACAAGUGUUCAACAAGUUAUACUGGACCAUUUCAAUAAAAUUAACUUGUGUUUUUUUUUUUUUUGUUACGUAUAUAAUUUUGCCAGAAUGUUGUAUUUUGUAAAUAUCGCGACUCGUGACGUAGUUUAGUAUACAUAUAUUAUAACUAUAAGUACUUAUUUAUUUUAUAUCCAAUCAAACAUCACUAUACAUUUUGUACAUACAUAGCGUAUAUUAACAGUAUUUUAUAUCUCCUUUUAUUAUACAUAUUAUGAUCUAUAUCUAUUUAUAUAUAUAUUUAUAUAUUAUAUGUUACGCUCAAAUUAUCGUGUAUCAGACUGAACUAACAUAAUACGUUUUACGUCUUUUUUAUUUUGUAUUGUGAAUGUCAAUUCAUUAUAAUAUGUAAAAUAUAUUAUGCAUAUACGUAUAAUAUUAUAUGUACUUAGGUAAUAUA